AUGGGGCCACCGCAGCCAGCCAGGGCCGGUGCCAUCAACAUCGAGGCGUGCGCGCGGCCGAUCGCCGUCGACCACCGCAUCAGCCUCCCCUACUACUUCCGCAUCGCGAGCAGCCUCCUCCGACAGGCUAAUAUAUAUCGGAACGAGAGUAACUUCCUCGACCUGUAUGUCAUCCUUCUGAGAUACUCGAGCUUGCUGUGCGAGACGAUUCCAAAGCAUCGUGAUUACCAUGCCUUCAAGUUAAGAGAAAAGGCAUUUUUUGAUAAACUUAUUGAUGUUAUCAAAGAGCUUGAGACAUUGAAGCCAGUUGUGCAGCGGCAGGUUGCCGAGCAUAACAGAGGAGGUACUGUGGAAUCUAAUACUAAUAGUCUAAAUAGAAACUAUGGUACAACUCGUAGGAUAGAGCAGCGUACUCCAAGCUAUUAUACUCCACAGCCAUUUGUAGGCAGCACUAAUGGAGCAUUGCAAAAACCCUUCCAUGCCGGGAGACAAGUGGCAUCGUUACCGAGCGUCCAGAAACAAUUUAUGAAUCUACCAUAUCCAAAAGAAGAAACACUAGCUAGACACUCCAUAUUAGGACCUAAUGGUCUUAAUGGCCGAUUUAAUGGGCCUGUUACUGGAAUUAAGGUUCAGUAUCCAAGCAAUUUUGAAUUAACUCAAAAUGAUAUAACAAGUUUAGUGCCAUCCAUCUUGAACCAAGAUGAUUCGCAUGGUCCCAGUACUGCACCUCCACCUCCAGAUAGCUCCUCAAAUGACAAUGAUGAUAUGAAAUCUGUUCUCUCUCUUGAUGAUGGUCGAUGGUCUGUGCCAGCGGAAGAACGCAAUCCACUUCCUUCUGCUAGUUUGGAAGAAGAGUUGUUCCAAUUGAAUAUCAAACAACCUUCUCCUCCACCAGUUCUGGCAGAGGUACAAAGGCCAAUUUCUCCAUCAAGAGUUGCUGAUCCAACACCAGGACUUCCGACCUCAGGAACUGCCCGUUUUCAGAACUUGCAUGUUCCGAUCAAGUUGAUGGAGUGUUUUCUAAGGGUUGCUGAGUCAAACACCAAAAGAAGCUUAGAAACCUGUGGGGUUCUUGCUGGUACCCUGAAAAAGAGAACUUUUUAUGUGACAACCUUAAUUAUUCCAAAGCAGAAAUCGACAUCUAAUACGUGUGAAGCUACAAAUGAAGAAGAACUAUUUGAAGUUCAGGACACAGGCUCACUGUUCACUCUUGGUUGGAUUCAUACGCAUCCGACACAGUCCUGCUUCCUUUCUUCCAUUGACCUCCACAAUCAUUAUUCUUAUCAGGUCAUGCUACCUGAAGCAAUUGCAAUAGUUAUGGCACCUACUGACACAACAAGAAAACAUGGUAUAUUUCAUCUCACGGAUCCAGGUGGUAUGGGCGUGAUCCAUGAUUGUCAAGAGAGAGGUUUCCAUCCUCAUAAGGCACCUCUUGAUGGUUCGCCAAUCUAUGAGCAGUGCUCCCAUGUGUACAUGGACACCGAUAUAAAGUUUGAUAUGACUGAUCUCCGAGAAUGA